UUUUUUUUGUGAUCUGCAUUUCCGAUUCCUCCUCAGGAAGAUGAAAAUAAUUUGAAGAAAAAAGGAAAACUUUUGUCUAUUGCCAAAGAUUGUGAAGUAGAAGUAUCUAUUCAAGAAGAUGGGUUCAGAGGUUCUUGGUAUAGAGCUAUCCUCGAGCAAAAUCCGACGAGAGUAACAGGAAAAAAGCUUCGGGUUAGUUACAAAACUAUGUUCAACGAAGAUGGUGUAAGUCCUUUGAAGGAAACUAUUGAAAGAAGUUUUAUUCGGCCAGUCCCGCCAGAGUGUCUGAAUGAGGGUGUCGUAUUCAAGGAAGGGUCGGUGGUGGAUGCUUAUUUUAAUAAUGGUUGGUGGACUGGUGUUAUCGUAGUUGAAAGGCCAGAUGGUAGUUUUUUGGUUUACUUUGAUGAUCCACCAGACAUAAUGAGAUUCAUCAGAAGCCAACUGAGACCUCAUGCUGAUUGGAUCGGCUCCAAAUGGGUCAAAAGCAAAAACAAGGUAUUGAGUCAACACAUGUUUACGAGAGGGAAGUUGGUGGAAAUGACCCGUGAAAUUAGUGAAAGUGAAAAGGAAAAAAUUUGGGUCCGAGCAUUGGUAAUUACAGAAGUUCGGAAACAAGGAGAUGAUAGAAGAAAAUUUCUGAUCAAAAGAUGUACAAUCUCACAAAAUUCGAGUGAUGAAGCGGAAGGAAAACAUUUAAUAGUUGAUAUUUGCAAAAUAAGGCCAUCUCCUCCUCGAGAUCUUUGUGCAGAGUACAGUCUGAACGACUAUGUUGAAGUGGUUGUUACCCAUGGGUGGCGCAAAGGUCGAGUGACGGAAAUUCUCCUUGAAAACAAAUACAAAGUGUAUUUCGCUGCCACAAAAGAGGAUGCGGUUUUUAAUUAUACUGAGAUUAGGCUGUCAAUGGAGUGGCUAGGUGGUGGUAGUUGGAUUCGCGCACAUGAGAGAGAAUUUGAAAAUAAUGCUGGCACACCAAUCAGACCCGGUCAAGAUAGUCCUAGUAACACACUUGCCACCGAUGAAGAUGAUACGUUGAAUGAUGAUGCCACCAAAAUCAGAUCCGAUCAAGAGAGCCCUAGUAUCACACUUGUUUUAGAAUCCAAUGAAGAGGAUAAGGUGAAUGAUGAUGCCACAGAAAUCACAUCCUCUCUCGAGAGACACAGAAACACUUCUGUUUUAGAAGCCACUGAGGCUGAAACACAAAACCAUGAAACCAUAUAUGGAAAGGAGUUACCAUUACCUCAUGAAUCAGAAGAUAUGAUGGAUGAUGUAGCCACUCCAAUCAUAGACCCUCAAGAGAUUCCACGAGGUGAAACGAUGAGUGAGUCUAAUGACAAGAUUGCUUUGCCAAAAAGAAUCUCCGAAACUGGUACAAAAGGAGUCGUAUUGCAAAGAAUUAACAAGCGCUCCAAUCUGAAGUUGGUUGGUAAAGUUGAAACCCUUUUGGGCAAAGAAUUCAAGAAGCUUGAAGAUUCAUUCUUGGCUCCGGUAAUUAAGAUGGGAAGGAAGCAGAAGCUUAUGGUGUUUUCAAGGCAUUUGAUUCAUCACUUACUCUUAAGGAGAAUUGAUAUAGGCGAGAAGGGUUUGUGGUUUACUUUUGGAGAACAACUAAUGAGGUUUUCUCUAAGAGAAUUCCACUUGACAACGGGUCUGCCUUGUGUUGUUGAUAAAGAUGAAGAUGAAGCCGAGACUUCAGCAACAAAAAAGAAGAAGAAAGAUCCAUGGAUGAACAAGAAUCAAACUCUAAACACCUUGCUUAAGCUUCUUGUCGAAAAGAGUAAAGAGCUUACUGCUGAUCAGAGAUUAAGAUUGGGAGCUACAAUCCUUGUGGAAGGGAUAUUGAUGGCAAGCAAUCCGGUGACAAGUAUUCCAGAAGAGCGUCUGCUUAGAGCUAGAAAUUUCAAAGAGUUUUGCAAGUAUCCCUGGGGGAAUUUGGCCUUUGAUUAUUUACUGAAAGAAGUGAAGAGCUUUACCUAUGCAAAGCUGACGGAGAAUAAUCAAUACGCGAUUUGUGGCUUUAUAUAUGCGCUUCAGCUCUGGGCGUUAUCUUCUGUGAAUCAACUAGGCACAUUCUUUGGUAUUAGCGAUGAUGGAAUUCAGUUUCCCUUGUGCUUGCAUUGGAAAGAAACCAAAGCGCUUACUAUUGAGGAGGUUAACAGAUUCGACCAAAUGGAGAAGGUUGAUGUCAAAUGUAUCCUUGGAGAUCCCGGAUUGCAUAGCGACUUGGUUGAAGAUGUUGACUGUGAAUUUGGAAGAGUUGUUGAUCUUGUCAAAAGAGGAUAUCGUUUGAAGAGACAAGAUUGGCUCAAUAGAAGUGUCGACAUUGCCGUUGCUGAAGCUGAAGUGGACGAAAAUAAUUCUGUUCCUGGGAUUGAUGCAACUGAUCAAGAAAAGAUUGAAUUCCUCAAUAAUAAGGUAGUGUCUCUUGAAGAAAGAGUGAAGUACCUUGAAGGUCUUUUGAACAUUCGUGGAGAAACUGUGAAGGAAACUGAGAAGUCAAAAGAAACUGAAGCCGCCACAAAAACCAAGGUAAAUGGACAGAAUGCCGAUUAUGAACUUGACGAAAAUGAAGUUUUAGGAGUUUAUAUAGAUGCCAAAAGAAAGGAAAUCGCUAAGAGAAAGAAGAAUGGUGUAAGACCUCCACGUGAAGUAGGACAUCAAGAUGAAGAUGAUGUAGAAGUCGAAGUCAAUGAAGAACAACCACAAGAAGAAGAGGAACAACAACAAGAAGAUGAUACAGAAGACGAUGUGGACGAUGGUGAUAAAGAGAGUGAAAAUCCGGAAACCAAUGAAGGACAGACACAAGAGGAAGAGGAACAACACCAAGAGGAUGACGCAGAAGUCAAUGAAGAACAGCCACAAGAAGAAGAGGAACAACAAGAAGAAGAGGAUACAGAAGACGAUGUGGACGACGGUGAUAAAGAGAGUGAAAAUCCGGAAACCAAUGAAGAACAGAAACAAGAGGAAGAGGAGCAACAACAAGAGGAUGACACAGAAGUCAAUACAGAUGUUGACGUCGGUGCUAAGGAAAAUGGAUCUGAAAACCCCGUGAAAGGUUCAAAGAAACGUGGAAGAAAGGUAAAUAUCUCUCAGUGUAUAAGGGUUUAUAAAAUGUUGUUUAGUAUAAUCUAUGUAACUUUUUUUAUUGUGUCAUCAAAAUUGAAGGAUGGAGAAGAAAAUGAGGAUGCAUAUGAAAAGCCCGUGAAGGUUACAAGGAAAAGUGAAAGAGUAACUAAGGUAAAUAUCUCUCUGUGUAUAAUGCUUUAUAAAAUGCUGUUUAGUAUAAUCAAUGUAACUUUUUUUAUUGUGUCAUCAAAAUUGAAGGGUGGAGAAGUAAAUGAGGAUGCAUCUGAAAAGCCCAUGAAGGGUACAAGGAAAAGUAAAAGAGGAACUAAGGUGAAUAUCUCUCAGUGUAUAAGGGUUUAUAAAAUGCUGUUUAGUAUAAUCAAUGUAACUUUUUUUAUUGUGUCAUCAAAAUUGAAGGGUGGAGAAGUAAAUGAGGAUGCAUCUGAAAAGCCCAUGAAGGGUACAAGGAAAAGUAAAAGAGGAACUAAGGUGAAUAUCUCUCUGUGUAUAAUGCUUUAUAAAAUGUUGUUUAGUAUACUCUAUGUAACUUUUUUUAUUGUGUCAUCAAAAUUGAAGGAUGGAGAAGAAAAUGAGUAUGCAUAUGAAAAGCCCGUGAAGGUUACAAGGAAAAGUGAAAGAGUAACUAAGGGAAAGAAGAAAGGUGUAACACCCCCACGUGAAGUACAACAACAAGUAGAAGAUCAUGCAGAAACCAAUGAAGAUGGAGAAGGGAAUGAGGAUGCAUCUAAAAAGCACGUGAAGUUUACAAAGAAGAAUGGAAGAGGAAAUAAGGAACACAAUGUUGGCACCCCCAAAUCGAAAAAACAAAAGAAACAAUUUGAGAAAGAUUCAGCUGAUGAUGUGAUAGGAAGUGUUUUGGAAGAUCUUAAAAAUGCCGAUUAGAAGCAUCGCGAAUUUGAAGAAAUGAAGCUCUUUCAGUUUUUUAGUACUUUUAACAAAUAUCUAUGGAACUUUUUCAGUUUUAGUGUGUUAUCUUUUGAUGAUGUCUUCAAUGAGGAACAUCUUUUGGCUUGUCCCUUAAUCCUUCAUGAUGAGGAAAAUAUAUUUUGGUUUGUACCUUAAACCUUUGCUAAGGAAACAUAUUUUAUUUAUGUUCA